AUGCGAGAGGACCUGCCUUUCUACACUGUGUCAGAUUUGAAAGAGCACGGGACAGUGGGAGAGGGGAAGCGGCUGUGGGUCGCGUAUCGAAGGGGAAUCUACGACGUGACGGAUUUCCUGGACAAACAUCCUGGUGGACGAGACCGUCUGCUGUUGGCUGUGGGCAGGGAGUUGGAUCCGUUUUGGCGCGUUUAUGGCCAGCAUAACUUGGAUUCUGUUCACGAGCUUCUAGAGUCGAUGAGGAUUGGAAACCUUGUAAAACUGGAAGAAGCAAGUGACUCUGCCCUCGAAGACGCUUAUGGGAACGAGCCGCUUCGUCAUCCGGCCUUGAUUGUACGAAGUGAGAAGCCCUUCAAUGCUGAGACGCCUCUUACCCUCUUGGCGGACGACUUUUUCACACCGAAUGACCUUUUCUUUGUCCGAAACCACCUGCCAGUGCCCCAGAAACUGAAUGCACAUUCAUUUUCCGGCGUUCACUUUUUGCCGGGGUCUGUGCAGGUUGAUAAGGAGAAAUACGAGGUCGAGAUAGAGGUCGAGCUCCCGGGUGGCGAAAAGAAGCGUCUUGCCUCCCUCUCCCUGUCUGACCUGCAAACGAAAUUCUAUCCCCAUCACCUCCCUUGUGCACUCCAGUGUGCCGGGAAUCGAAGGGACGAUUUCAACAAAAAAGGCGGAAGACGAGUCUUGAAUGGCGCGGCGGUGCGAUCGGCAAUGCCAUCUGGACAGGUGUGGUUGAAUUGCUUCUCGCACUGUAGUAUUGGUGAGGAGGAUGCGAGAAGGCUGGGCAUUCGGCAUGUCCAUUUCGAAGGCCACGACUGCGAUCCUCUGACACACACUCACUAUGCGGCUUCGAUUCCGAUUCACCGAGCUCUUCUCGGACAAACACUCGGCAGGUGGGGAGGGGAAAACGAAGAAGACCCUUUUCAGUCGACAACAAGUUUUGGCAGUCGAGACGUCCUUCUCGUCUACGAAAUGAAUGGCCGAGACCUCCCACCUGACCAUGGAGCUCCAGUCCGUGUGCUGGUGCCGGGAACUGUGGGCGCGAGAUCGGUGAAAUGGCUAAAGAAAAUUACUCUCAGUCCAAGAGAGUGUGGAUCACACUGGCAACAACAGGAUUACAAAGACUACGGGAAUAGUACCGUUAAGACUGGGGUUGCCCUCGACAUCGAAACAGCGAACGAGAAAUGCAGCAGGAUAGAGAGGAUAUGUGGGGGAGGAACAGAGCGAACGAGAGACCCUAUGUCGACGGGCAAUCACGACGAUGCAAUAGAAAGCUGCACAAGGCUCUGGCUUUACUCUCCCAUCAGGGUACCGCCGUGUAUGCGCAUUUGGCCUGCUUUAUAUUCGUCCGUCCAGUUUAUUUUUCUCAACCGGUCUAUUUACCUGUUGGUCAAUCUAUGGUGGUGCGUUCCAAAACGUGCGGGCUACCGAUUCUGUCGCUGCAUGCGUUGUGCGUAA